AUGGCGGUUGCUAUCUUACGUUUGCCCCUUUUCUGCAUCUCCUUCGGUUCACCGGUGGACACACGGUACGGUUUGGUGCACGGGGAUGAAAAACAUUGGCUGUGUUACGACGCGAAGGAGCAUGGACGCUACUUGGCCCAGGUCGGCAUCACUAGACAUGGUCGCAUGGACAACACCAUUCAGAUCAGAGUUGAGACGAUUGAUGGUUCAGCGACGUCAGAAGCAGACUUCAUGCCCAUCAACCAGAUCCUGACGUUUCAGCCAAAUGAACUUGAGAAGGAGGUGGAGGUGGAAAUAAUCAAUGACGAUCAAUGGGAGCCGGAUGAAGAAUUUUUCUUGAAGUUGUCCUUGCUGCCGUUGGACGAGUACCCACAUUCGCAUGAUGGUCUCGUCUUGGGAAAGCUGUCCAUCAUGGAAAUCACCAUCUUGAAUGACGAU